AGCAAAUAGUGACGUUUUACGUUUACUUUGCAUCCACAUUUAUUAUUUGUGAAGUUUAGUUAUUUAUGCGAAAAUAUUAAAAAUGGUAUUUGUAAAAAACUGGGAAGAUUUUGAAAUUGCUGCCGAGUCCAUGUACAUGGCGAAUCCACAGAACUGCCGAUACACAAUGAAAUACGUCCACUCGAAGGGACACAUACUCCUGAAAAUGACUGACAAUGUGAAAUGCAUCCAAUACAAAGCAGAAAAUAUGCCCGAUUUGAAGAAAAUCGAAAAGCUAUCAGGCAAUCUAAUGGGACAUAUGGCAUCCAAGGAGUAAUAAAGAGCAGCAGAAAAAAAAUUUGAAGGGGUGCGAAAGUGGGCACAGAGUAAUUUAAAUUUAAAUAGCAUUGAAUUAAUGCUAGCUUUGAAACCACUUAUUGAGUGGAGUUGAAGACGGCUAGCACCGUCUUUUAUCGAAAACAUUUCCAUGAAAUGCUUUUAAUUUAUUGUUAAAUGCGAAGAUAAUGAUGUAUAAUAAAUCCUUUCUUUUUAUAGUAAAGUUAA